AUUCGGCGAGGGCCGCAGCGCACUCCUCCCCCGGGGCCGAGCGAAAGGGGCGUCGCCGCCGCCGCCAUGGCCGGUUGUUGUCAGUCCCUGGCAGCGGGUUAUGGCGACGGCGGUGAAUGAAUUCUCCGGGCGGCAGAGGGAAAAAGAAGGGCUCAGCCGGCUCCAGCUCCGCGCCCCCGGCCGCCGGGGCCUCCCCUUCCUCGCCGCCCGGGCCGGCCCCCCCCGUCCCGCCGGCGGGGGCGGCGGCAGCGGCGUCCCCCCACAAGCGGAACCUGUACUACUUCUCGUACCCGCUCUUCGCCGCCUUCGCCCUGCUCCGCUUCGUCGCCUUCCAGCUCGGGCUGCUCUUCGCCUGGCUCUGCGAGCGCCUCUCCCGCGGCGCCCUCAUGGCCGCCAAGGGCAGCAGGGCCGGGGCCGGCGACGCUCCCGAGCCCGGCGGGGCGCCCGAGACGGUGCGGGCCUGUCACAAGCGGGCCUUCGAGUGCAUCUCCAUGGCGCUGCGCAUCGACGAGGACGAGAGCGCAGGACAAAAGGAACAAGCUGUUGAAUGGUAUAAGAAAGGAAUUGAAGAACUGGAAAAAGGAAUAGCUGUCUUAGUAAUUGGUAAAGGUGAUCAGUGUGAACGGGCUCGACGUCUGCAAUCUAAAAUGAUGACAAAUUUGGCAAUGGCCAAGGAUCGCUUGCAGCUUUUAGAGAAGCUGCAGGCAGUUUUGCAAAUAUCCAAGUCGCAAAUGGAAGUCUAUAAUGACAGUACUAACCUGGCAUGCCGCAAUGGACAUCUCCAGUCAGAAAGUGGAGCGGUUCCAAAAAAGAAGGAUCCCUUAACACACACAAGUAAUUCCCUUCCUCGUUCAAAAACUGUUGCAAAAACUGGAUCCACAGGCCUCUCAGGUCACCACAGAACACCUAGCUACAGUGGGAUAUCAUCUUCUGUGUCUAGACCAGCAUCUAAUCCUGCAGCUUCAACUCAUAAGGCUGCUCCUAAAAAUAGCAGAACAAAUAAGCCUUCUACUCCUACUACUGCUCCACGAAAAAAGAAAGACUUGAAGAUAUUUAGAAAUGUGGACAGUAAUCUUGCUAAUCUUAUCCUGAAUGAGAUUGUUGAUAGUGGGCCAGCUGUCAAAUUCGAUGAUAUCGCAGGGCAGGAACUGGCUAAACAAGCUCUGCAAGAAAUUGUUAUCCUUCCUUCUCUGCGACCUGAGUUAUUUACAGGACUUAGAGCUCCUGCACGUGGAUUGUUGCUGUUCGGCCCACCAGGAAACGGGAAGACAAUGUUGGCCAAAGCAGUUGCUGCAGAAUCAAAUGCUACUUUCUUUAAUAUAAGUGCAGCGAGCCUAACUUCAAAAUAUGUGGGUGAAGGGGAGAAACUGGUGCGUGCUCUAUUUGCAGUAGCCAGAGAACUUCAGCCUUCUAUAAUUUUUAUUGAUGAAGUGGAUAGCCUUUUGUGUGAAAGACGAGAAGGUGAACAUGAUGCUAGUAGGCGUCUAAAAACAGAAUUUUUAAUAGAAUUUGAUGGUGUACAGUCUUCUGGAGAGGACAGAAUACUUGUGAUGGGAGCAACAAACAGGCCACAGGAGCUUGAUGAUGCUGUUCUCAGACGAUUCACCAAACGGGUAUAUGUGUCUUUACCAAAUGAAGAAACAAGAUUGAUUUUGCUAAAAAAUCUUCUAAGCAAGCAAGGAAGUCCAUUGACCCAAAAAGAGUUGGCACAACUAGCUAGAAUGACAGAUGGAUACUCUGGAAGUGAUUUAACGGCAUUAGCAAAGGAUGCAGCACUGGGCCCUAUUCGAGAAUUAAAACCAGAACAGGUGAAGAACAUGUCUGCCAGUGAGAUGAGAAAUAUCAAACUAUCAGAUUUCACAGAGUCUUUGAAGAAGAUAAAGCGCAGUUUGAGCCCUCAGACCCUGGAAGCAUAUAUUCGCUGGAACAAGGACUUUGGAGACACCACAGUGUGAAGCACUACCUGCAGUGGAACCAAGUGCUGCAUAAGGAACAAUUAGUACAGACUACUGGAAAGCAGCCAGAGUUUACAGGACUUUACAGAUCUUUUAAGCAUCUGCAUUAAAACUUGAGAUUAAGAAAAAAUUAUACAAUGUGAAAUGUGUUCAUCAAAGCCUCCUUGCCAUUUAGUGAGGAUUUACACACUGUAAGUAAGAGCACAGUAGGACUUGAGAUAAGAUUCCUAGCAAUUUGAUUAUGGUUUGAACAAUAAUAUAUGUAUUUUGUUUCAGCUAGAAGGCUCUGAUGAUAUUGAUCAUUCAAAAACCUUUUCCCUAUUUUGUGUGUGUGUUUUUUUUGUUUUUAAUUUUGCCAUGACAUUGAUGUCUGACUUUCUUCCUUAUAACUACUAACUUAAAAUUGGAGGUUUGUAAACUUUGGUUCGGUUUUUGACUUUUUUUAUCCUUAAUGUGCCAAAUAAAACAGUUUCCCUAUGCAGAAAGGAAGAACGGCAUUGGGGAAUUAUGAAAAUUUAAGUGUAAAAAGCAGCUGGUCUGUUAUUACCUGUCUUUUUGUUUAGUUGUAAUGUGACUGUAUUGUUCACAGGACAGUUUUAAAGAAGACCUUUGAUAGCAGAACAGUAAAAAACCCCAACCCUAUAAAACCAGUUCAAACUAUCUUUUAAAAAACUAGUAAAUAAAAAGUAGACUAAGACAUUCAUUUACUGGCAGUAUUUUCUCUUAAUGCAUUUUGUAACGCUUCCAUUGAUAGAAUGUUAGCUUAUGCUUAUGGUGUACAGCUUGAAGCCCAGCUGAUGUUUGAGAGAGUAAGUGAUGCUAAGUGUCAAGUUUCAAAAAUGACGUGUUUCUACUCUGUAUUUUGGUCUGUUUAUGAUAAUUGAAAGUAAAAUUUCCAUUGUGAUAAUUUUUUUUUAAUCUACACAUGUAAGCGUUAAAAUACAAGGCUACAUGUUUAAUACAUGGCACACAUUAAUGUUUUUAUAGCUUUCAUAUGUUUUGGUUUAUAUAUUAAAGUAUGAAACACUCAA